UUGCAAGUUAAAAGCACACCUAUUUACCACAAAAAAUGAGAACAAAUAUUUGCUCUAAGUUCUAACGAAAAAGAAACAUAAUCGAAUCGAAAUAGGAACUUUUGGUAGAAGUUUCCGUCGCGCAAACAAGUCUAGUUUUAUCAUCACCGCGUUAAGCAAAGCAAAACCCUAAAUCAAAAGUCUCAGCGUUUUCUGGGUCAUUCCUUUUUCUCUUCUCUCGUGCUAUUUCUCACAUACAUAGGAUCCAAUUUCAAAUUUGAGAAGUUAAGAGUUUUUAGAUCAGGAAAUACGAUGAAGAGGGUCUUCGGCGCCAAAAAGAACAAAGAACCUCCUCCUUCCAUUGAAGAUGCCAACGAAAGGAUUACCAAACGAGGUGAUACCGUGGAUGAGAAGAUUAAGAAGCUUGAUGUUGAACUCAGUAGAUACAAAGAACAGAUCAAGAAAACAAGGCCUGGUCCUACUCUCGAAGCUAUUAAAGCUAGAGCCAUGCGAGUUCUUAAACAAAAGCGAAUGUAUGAAGGUCAACGCGACAUGUUGUACAAUCAGACAUUCAACCUCGAUCAAGUUCAAUUUGCUGCUGAGGGAAUUAAAGAUGCUCAACAAACUAUGUCAGCUUUGAAGUCUGCUAACAAGGAUUUGAAGGGAAUGAUGAAAACUGUGAAGAUCCAAGAUAUUGAUAACUUGCAAGAUGAGAUGAUGGACUUGAUGGAUGUUAGUAAUGAGAUCCAAGAGACUUUGGGUAGAAGCUAUAAUGUUCCUGAUGACAUAGACGAGGAUGAACUUUUGGGUGAACUUGAUGCGCUGGAAGCAGACAUGGAAAGUGAAUCUGAAGGAGUCCCCUCCUACCUCCAACCUGAUAAAGAAUCUGAUUUGGAUUCAGAGCUUAACUUACCUUCAGCUCCAACUGGUCAAACAGCAAUGCCACAUGGCAGAUCCAAUGUCCAAACUGAAGAUGAACUGGGUUUACCUGCUGUCCCUCGGGCAUCCCUACGCGGUUGAAGAAUCCUUUUUAUUUGAUUGGCGGAGCUGGUGCAUACACGAGCUAGACCCUGUAAAGUUGUGCAGAACUUAAUAACAUUGAUUUAUACAGUAAUUUCAUUGCCAUCAUUUGUAUGAAAGCACAAUGACACGGGAAAAUGAAAAAAAAAUAUUAGUGGUGUUUGGCAUAAACUUAGAAAUCGGCAGUUAAUAGUUAUGGUCAGUAAAAUGUGUACACUUUUGAAAUACCAUUUUAUUGUGUGAAUCAUAUUAAUUUUUUUUCA